GUUUCGGGAAGCCGGCUGUCCCGCCAAACAAUCAGAAGGACUCCAAACCGUCGUGCCUGCAGUCGGCUGUGCAGGGCAAACCGAGCCCGAGCAAGCAGGCCGGCGAGGAGUCGGACGGUCCUCCUGCCAAGAGGAAGAAGAUCGACCUCAUCUUCAAAGACGUCCUGGAGGCGUCUCUGGAGGACUCGGGCAGGUCGUCCCUCCACGCCGAGUGUAAAGCCGUCGGGUUGGUGCUCGACUCGUCCGACGGCGGCUUCAGCGUCCCGAACCUGAAGGUGGAGGAGAAGGAGGAGGAGAAGCUCAGCGGCGAGGAGCCCUCCACCUCCUUCUGCCCCAACUGCGUCAAACUCAAGAGGAGGAUCCAGGAGCUGGAGGAGGAGCUGUCCCGGGUCAGAGGACAGCGAGGGGACACACGCACUCCGUCCAUGUCCGAAUACAGUCGUGCUCCGCCCCACCCGGAGCAGGCCCCGCCCCACCCGGAGCAGGGCCCUGUCGAGGAUUUUACAGUCAUGGAGCCGCUGACGCCCACUCAGGUGGUUCUGGACGAAGACGAGCAGGAUGUGGACUCAGCCGACGAGUCCAUCGCUGCAGAUCUGGUGAUUUCUCCCGAGGACUCCCUGAAGCUAGCCUCGGGAGGUGGCCGGCGGAUUCGUCGCUUCAAGCAGGAAUGGCUCAAAAAGUUCUGGUUCCUUCGCUACUCGCCGACCCUCAACGAGAUGUGGUGCCACGUCUGCCGCCAGUACACCGUCCAGUCGUCUCGCACAUCCGCCUUCAUCAUCGGCUCUAAGCAGUUCAAGAUCCACACCAUCAAGCUGCACAGCCAGAGCAACCUGCACAAGAAGUGCCUGCAGCUGUACAAGCUGCGCAUGCACCCCGAGAAGACCGAGGAGAUGUGCAAGAACAUGAUGCUGCUCUUCAACGCCGCCUACCACCUCGCCAUGGAGGGACGGCCCUUCUCCGACCUGCGGCCUCUGGCGGAGCUGCUGAAGCGCUGCGAGCUCAAAGUGGUGGACCAAUACAUGAACGACGGCGACUGUCAGAUCCUGCUGCACCACAUCUCCCGUGCCCUCAAAGAGGACCUGGCCGAGAAGAUGCGCCUGUCCCCCUUUCUGAGCGUCAUCAUGGACGCACAAAACGACGACCUUUUUUCUGAUAUGGUGGCGGUCUACGUCCAGUUCAUCACCAACGAGGGCUUGCCCAACACAGAGUUCUUGUCCCUGCAGAGACUGAGCGCGGCCAGCGUGGAUGGCUACCUGCAGGCGAUGGACCGAGCCUUUGGCGUCCUCGGCCUCCGGUUCCAGGACCUGCUGGUGGUAGGUCUGGGUGUGGACGGCACCAACAUGUCUGCAGGUAUGAGAGCCAACCUGUACAUCGCCGUACAGAAGACUUUCCCAUGGAUCCUCUGCCUGCCAAUCAUGAUCCACCGGCCCCACCUGGAGGUGCUGGACGCCAUCAGCGGAAAGGAGCUGCCGUGCCUGGAGGACCUGGAGAACAACCUCAAGCAGCUCCUCAGUUUCUACCGUUACUCGCCUCGCAUGAUGGCCGAGCUGCGGUCUACGGCGCCGACGCUGUCCGAGGAGACAGAGUUCCUUGGGGACAUCAGAGCCAUCCGAUGGAUCAUUGGAGAACCAAACGUUCUCAACGCGCUCAUCAAAGAUUACCUGGAGGUGGUCGCCCACCUGAAGGAGAUCAGCAGCCAGACACAGCGGGCCGACGCCGCCGCCAUCGCACUGACCCUCCUCCAGUUCCUCAUGGACUACCAGUCCGUGAAGCUCAUCUACUUCCUCCUGGACAUCAUCGCCGUCCUCUCUCGGCUUGCCUUCACCUUCCAGGGUGAGUACCUGCUGGUGUCGCAGGUGGAGGCCAAGAUCCAGGACGCCAUCCUAGAGAUCGGCCAGUUGGUGGACUGCCCCGGGGAGUACCUGCAAGAGUUUGAGGAAAACUUCCGCGAAAGUUUCAAUGGAGUCGCUCUGAAAAACCUGCGAGUCGCCGAGUCCAAGUUUCAGUCCAUCCGAGAGAAGAUCUGCAACCGCAGCCAGAGCAUCCUGUCCCAGCGGCUGGACCUGCAGAGCCGCGCCUUCGUCAGAGCCUGCAGGGUCCUGGACCUGUCCACCUGGCCGCUGAGCCAGGACGAGCUGCAGGCGUUUGGAGACGAAGAAGUCCAGGUGAUCUUCAACCACCUGGAGUCGGUCCCCUCCGCGGGGCAGGAGGGCUGCCGGUUGGAGGCACGGGGCAGCCUGGUGGUGGAGUGGAAGGAUCUGAAGGCCGACUACUGCAGCAUGAACGGCUUCAAAGAGGUCAUGGGUCACAUCUGCAGGUACAGGCAGCGCUUCCCUCUGUUGAACCAGGUGAUGCAGGUGGUCAGGGUGCUGCCCAGCUCCACCGCCUGCUGCGAUAAAGGCCGCGGCUCCCUGCAGAAGAUGUGCAGGAACAACCGCUCCCGGCUGACUCUGGAGCAGAUGAACGACCUGCUGACCGUGGCGGUGAACGGACCGCCAAUCGCCAACUUCGACGGGAAGCGAGCGCUGGACAGCUGGUUCGAGGAGAAGUCCGGCAGCAGUUACUCUCUGUCGGCCGAGGUGCUGAACAGGAUGUCGGCCGGCGACCAGAAGUCCGUCCUACACAGCGUCGACGUCAACACAGAGUUCUACCCCGACAUCUGACCGGCAGACCCAACGAAAUAACACGAUCACACCAAUGACAACGACCGCAGUGACUCACAGCCAGGACGACACCUGCAAAAUAAACACACAACUUUGGAUCACAGAUGUGCACGAUGCAAAUCAUUACUGUCACAAUAACUCGUCAAGUUUUCCACCAAUCAGAGUCAAUCAAUUAAACUGCAGGGAACAAAAACGGUUUAAAACCACCGGGCAAACCUCAGCGGGAUGGAUGGAUCACAAGACAGCCCGACCGGGCACAGAUCAGGGCCCAAAUGUUUAGGGGGCUCCUAGAAAAAUUGAUGCAAAACAACCACAAAGGUGCUCAGGACAACCACAGAGAAGAAACAUGACCACGAAAAAGACACGAGUCAACUUCAAAGAGACCAGACAACUACAGUGAGACGUAAAAGAACUGCAAAGAGAUGUGAUUGACUGUAGAGACACAAAACAGACACAAAGACGCACAAAACAUCUGUAAAGACACGGAAAA